AUGAGCAGUGGUGGUGACAACGAGAUGCGUGGCCGUGAUGAAGGGCCUCCUAGGGAAGAACCUGAUAUCCCGUUCCCUUUCGAGCCCUACGACGUCCAGAAACAGCUGAUGCGCAAAAUCUACUCCACCCUCGAGAACGGAGGCAUCGGUAUCUUCGAGAGUCCUACAGGAACGGGCAAGUCUCUGAGCGUGAUCUGCAGCGCCCUCCAGUGGCUCAAGGACGCCGAGGCCAAGGACGUGGACGGGAAAUCGGACGGCGGAGGCUCCCCCGCCCGAGGAGGCGGCUCGUCAUCGAAGGGCACAGGGGGGUUCGGGACAGAAAACGCCUCCUGUGGAGGGGGGGAGAAGGACGAUGACGACGACGGGGCGAGCGCGAUGCCCAGCUGGCUCAAGGACAUGACGCGGCAAAAGUCUGACAACGAGAAGGAAGCGAGAGCCAAGCGCGUGCGAGAGCGGCGGCGGGACCUAGACAAACGACUUGCCGCCGUUCGGAAAGAAGACGAGCACCGCAAGAACAACAACAAGACCCGUGGGGAUGGGGUAGGUGCUGCUGCCGAUGACGGCGACGGGAAACGCUCGGCGGAGGUGGGAGUGGACGACGAAUAUUUGGUCGCCGAGUAUGAUAGCGGGAAGGAGGGCGGUGAUGGCGGUAAGGGUGGGGGAGGGGGGUUCCGUGAAUCUUCGGAUGAGGAGGAGGAGGCUGGAGGAGGGCGGGGGGGGGAAGAGGAGGAGGAGUGGGAGGACCUGGGGCUUCGGCAGAUCCUGUACGUCUCCCGGACACACUCUCAAACCAGCCAGUUCGUCAACGAGGUGAAAAAGACCGCGUUCGCGAAGGGGGUGCGUUGCGCGUCCCUGGGCAGCCGGCGCACCCUCUGCGGCAACGAGCGGGUGUCCUCCCUCAAGACCGAUGGGAAAAUGCGGGACGCCUGCCUGGAGCUUCAGAAGAACAAGAAGAGCAGCAGCAAGAAGAAGAAAAAGGGGGAUGAGGGGAAAGGAGGUAAGAGCGGGGCGAAGAAAAGCAAGAAGCAGAAAAAGAAGAAGAGGACUGAGCCCUUGACGAAGGAAGAAAGGGAGAACAAGGACGGCGCCGGUGGACUAGGCACGCGGAAGAGCGAGGGCGAGGAGGAGGAGGAGGACGACGACGACGACGACGAUGACGAAGAGGGGACGACUGACGGGUGUCCCCUGCUGGCCGCGGACGGACAGAGGGAGUUCCCCUACCGCGCGCUGGCGUCCGUGCGCGACAUCGAGGAGCUGGCGGCCCUGGGCAAGGAGGAGGGCACGUGCGCGUACUACGGCGCCCGCAAGGCUGCCUCGCUGGCCCAGCUGGUGGUGAUGCCCUACGCCGCGCUGCUCUCCCGAGAGGCUCGCGCCGCCAUGGGCGUGAGGCUGGAGGGGGCUGUGGUGGUGGUGGAUGAGGCCCACAACAUCGUAGAAGCGAUCAACUCGGUGCACAGCAAGAAGGUCGUGCUAUCGGAGGUGGCGCGCGCGCACUCCCAACUGUCCCAGUACGAGGCCAAGUACGGUACCCGGCUCAAGGGCUCGAACGCGUUUUACGUCGGCAACAUCCUCAGGCUCCUGCGGGCCGUCCUCAAGUUCCUCACCAAGGGCAAGGAAAAGCUCCAGGCUGCUCGCGCCGAAAACGCCAAGACCACAGCGGCGGCAGCAGCCUCUAAAGGAAAUUCCGGGGUGCAAGGCCCGAGGGCUGCUGCUGCUGCCUGCGGCGAGGCCGAGGAGGCGGGGGUCCGAUCGGAGAUGUUGGAGAUCAACGACUUCUUGUUCCGGGCGGGCCUGGACAACAUGAACCUAUUCAAGCUGCAGCGUUAUAUGCGGCGGAGCGAGAUCUCAAGGAAGGUGAUGGGUUUCAUGGAUCUUUCGGCGGCGUCUUCCCCCGAGGUUACCCUUCGAAAGAACGCCUCGCUGUCUCAAAACGGCGGCAACACCGACGACAGCGGUUGCGGGUGCUCCAAAGCGACAACAGCUGCAACCUCGACUACCGCAACAACGGCUGCAGCAGCAACGGCGGGGGGGGGGGCUGGGGAAGAUGCUGCUGCUGCUGCUGCGGGAGUGUUUGUGAGCAAGCAUAUCUCGGCGUUGCAGACCGUGGAGGCCUUCUUGGACGCACUCACGAACGCUAGCAGGGACGGCCGCGUUCUCGCCACGUUCGGAGGAAAGGAGGGGGACGGGCGUAGCAGCAGUCGUGGCAGUGUGGGAGGCGGCGGGGGCAGAGGGGCUACCGCCGGACAAAAGACGACGCAAGAUGAAGAAGAACCUUCCGUGAAAUUUCUGAUGCUCAACCCCGCCGUACACUUCGACGAGAUCGUCCAAAAGGCGAGAGCGUUGGUGCUAGUCGGGGGCACCAUGCAGCCUACGGGAGACCUGGUCCGGCAGCUCUUCUCCUCCGUGGAGCCGUCGAGAGUCGAGGUCUUCAGCUGCGGGCACGUGAUUCCCAGGGAGAACCUGCUCCCGCUCUGCGUGUCCAAGGGUCCCUCGGGGAAGACUUUCAACUUCACCUUCCACCGCCGCGGCACCGACGAGCAGCUGGACGAGCUCGGUCGGCUGAUGACCAACGUUUGCAAACUCGUCCCUGGAGGGGUGGUGUGUUUCCUCGCCUCCUACGGAUAUCUCGAUCAGGUUUUACAGAGAUGGAAGGCUUCCGGCACGCUCCGACAGCUCAGCAAGCUCAAGUCUGUAUUUUCUGAGCCACGGUCAGCCAAGGACGUGGACGCCGUUCUCAGAGAAUUCUCCCUUGCCGCCAGGGCGGGGGCAUGGAAGCCGACAACUAGUGGCGGCGGCGGUGGCGGCGGAAGCAGCAGCGGGGGGGGGCUGCUGCUGUCGGUGGUCGGGGCGAAGAUGAGCGAGGGCAUCAACUUUUCGGACGAUCUCGCUAGGUGCGUGGUGAUGGUUGGACUGCCCUACCCGGACAAGCGGGACGCGGAGUUGAAGCAGAAGAUGGCCUACCUCGACGAGGCCUCUCCCAGCAGCCGCGGGCGCGCAGGCCGCGAGUACUACAGCAGCAUCUGCAUGAGGGCCGUCAACCAGUCGAUCGGGCGAUCCAUCCGACACGCGGGAGACUACGCCAGUAUUCUUCUUGUGGACGAACGUUACAAGGACGACCAGGUUGUUCGCCUUCUGCCUGGCUGGAUCGCCGAGAGGGUGGUGAAGCCCGCCAAUUUCGGGCAGUGCUUUGUCUCUCUCCGUAGGUUCUUCGCGGAGAUGCACGCCCGAUAG